UGUCCUUUGAGCCACCAGCUUGCCGUACAAAAACAAACAUGGCGUCUUCUGUGGAUGUUCAUGUCCGAAUUUGUGGACAAGAAAUCAUAAAAUAUGACCUGGAAAUUAAGGCUCUCAUCCAGGACAUCAGAGAUUGUCCUGGAUCUCACUCUGAUCUCAUGGAGCUUAACUCUCAGGUGAAAGAGAAGUUCAACAAGCUCAGACUCAGAAUACAGGAUCUGGAGCAGAUGGCCAAAGAGCAGGACAAAGAGACUGACAGACUGACCAUCCAGGCAGAGACGGAGAGCCAGCGAAGGCAAAUGCUGAGUAACCAGACAGCGUGGAGGAAAGCUAACCUGGCCUGUAAACUGUCCAUAGACAACAUGGAGAAGGAUGAGCUGCUGCGUAGAGGAGACAACCAGAGCACCAGACAGAGGAAGGUGACUAAAGAAAGCUUAGUGGAAACCAGUAGCAACAUCACGGAGAGUCUGAUGUCUAUCAGCAGGAUGAUGGCUGAACAAGUGAAUCAGAGCGAGGACACCAUUGGCACGCUCGUCACGUCCUCCAGGACAGUGCAGGAAACCAACGAGGAGUUUAAAAAUAUGACAGGAACCAUCCACCUGGGAAGGAAGCUGAUCCUGAAGUACAACCGGCGGGAGCUGACGGACAAGCUGCUGAUCUUCCUGGCUCUGGCCCUCUUCCUCGCCACCGUCCUCUACAUCCUUAAGAAACGCCUCUUUCCCUUCAUUUAGCCAAGUUGAUUACUGUUCCUUAAAGAGGCAACACACCCAGCCUAUGAGAUGAAUUAUUUCCAGUUAUUCUACCCAGCAGGAAGUUACAAAGUGUUACGAAGUGGAGUUUUAUCAGGUAUGGAGAGGAAACAUGGACUGAAUGUGACUAAAUGACAGACUGACGCACUUAGCUCGAACAACAUGCAACAAUGUGAAUUUAUUACAAUGUUUAUGAAGUUCAUGAAGGGUUACAUAAUAUCAACUUACGGAAGAACAUGUAAACCUUCGACUAAAGUGAAAAGAGCAUAGUGACUAAAACUGGCAUAAUAAGAUUUCAUGUAACCAUGGUGACUUAUUUAAGGCCUCAGCAUGCUUCAAACAAACUGGUACGUGUCAUUCGACUGUGUAAAGGCAAAAGUUUUUAUACCUGUUGCAAAUGGCUGUGCUCGAAGGCAGACGAGAAAGUCUGCCAUCGUAGCCUCCUCAUGGCUGCAUCGCACUGCCUCCUGAUCUCACUAAAAACUCAGUAGCUUUUGCAUAAUUUAUAGUCACAAUUGUAAAAUUUCUUACAAAUGGGGACGAGGGCACACACUUUCAUACGGUCUCUUCUUGUUCAAUUGCUGCGUAAAGUGGGCCUGGUUGUUGGAUUUUCUGUUUGGGAAAAUUACAAAAGAUCUUUGAAGCAUACUGAAGCCUUUAUACUUGAUCUGGCAUUCAGAACUACAGCAACCAGGGACAAGGCCACAAUAUGCAAUAACCUUCACUUAAACCUUUGUUUACUUUUGUGUGAAGUUACAACGUGUGUGUGAGUGUUUUAACAGAGAAAGUGAGUGUGUUUACUGCUCUGGACGGUUAUUGAUACAUUUAACUUGUGCCUUCCGUCCCUCCAAUCAGAUGUCCAGACUACCCAACUAGAAAUCUGUGUGAUUACUAAACAACUCACUGAUGUCUGACAUGUUGAAACUAUGUGAAUGUUGAACAGAGGGGCCGUUUGUAUAAAGUUGUAUAUUUAAUUUUCAUAUUUGAAGGAUACAUUGUUGUGCAGCAUUGCUUCACAUGUGCCAGUAGAUGGCAGAAUACCCAACAUUUUCUCACCAUCAGAGAUGCUACACUGUGCAUUUGAGAGUAAAACAGUUUUACAAGACAGGACUUGACUUAAUUAAAACACCUCUCUGUUUAGUGACAUCAUCGUAGUUUAUUUACUUUCAAUCAAAUUUGCUUACAAAUGUAUUUUGUACAUUCAUUUAAAUAAAAACUUACAAAAUA